AUGCUGUCCGGCGGCGCUCUGCCCCAGACUCUGGGUUCGAUCACCGCGACCAAAAUCAACGAACUCUCAAAGCAACGCAAUUUGUUCGAGCAACGAAGGAAAGAGAUUGCAAAAGCCGCUGAACACGCCACCGAUCUCCGCACCAAAACCCGAAUUCUGUUGGAAGGGGUGACCAGACUCAAGGGCUAUCCGAACAUCGCCAUCGACCGUCACGAUCUGGACGCAGACCACUCCGCAGGCGGAGACACUUUCGUGAAAGACCUGUCCGAGGGCGCGGAGUACGCCAACAUCCGACGCUUCCUCCUCCAGAGCCAGUAUGACCCGUCCGUCUCGGAGCGCGGCCUCAAGGGCUGGAUCGCCAAGCUGGAAAAGGAGCUUCAGUUUCUGCAGCUCCGUCACGAGCAUGCCUCCUUCUACAGUGAUCUGGUGACGGAAUGGCUGUGCGACCUCAACGGGGGGGAUUCCGCCGCUCCGAGUGCAGCCGGCGCCGGCGCCGGCGCCGACGAGAACAGUGCGAGCUUCGAGAAGGUCGGGCGCGCAGAGAUGCACGAACAGCGCGCCAAGUGGGAGUCCCUGGUCUUUACCGAGGCGGACAUCGACGCAGCGGCGAUCCGCACGUACCUGGACGGCAUCUUCGAGACGUCGACGCAAACCCAGCAGGCGUUGAAGGGGCUCCGCGACAAGAUCCGGUCCUUCGGCACCGAGUUCGCGUCCAAGAAGACCUGGUUCAAAGCGAAGGAUCUCGCUUGGAUCUCCAAGUCCCUGCUGAGCUCGGACCUGCUCACCAAGGAGAAGACGGCUGUUCUGAAAGAGUUCAUGCGCAACCCCGCCGUCGCACAGGAAGUCGCCGACGUGCUCAACAUGCGCCUCGGCGCCUUGGACACCUGGGCCUGGUCCGGGGAGGGGAUCCCCGUCGAGAUGCGCCGGCAGCUGAACGGCAAGUACCGCGUGUUUAUGGAUGAGGAUCUGCUGGACAGCCUCAUGUUCCAGUACCUCGGCGUGCGGUGGGCGGUGGCCCUGCGAUCGGCCCUCGAGGAAUUCCUGGGAUCUCCGGCCUGGAAGUCGCUGCGCGACGAGGUCUCGGAGGAGGAAGUCGUGCGGCGGUCGCGAUUCAGGAGGGAGUCGGUGAGCCGGAGCUCCGGGGUCCAGUCGGUCCAUGCCUUGCGGAAGAACACGUUCAAGGAGGAGUACUUCAUGACCUCGUUGCCCAGCUCGGUGAACGAUACGUCCGACCCCUACGCCGAGGAGGAAGCAGACGACGAUGACAAUGAGGAAGAGAAGAAGAAAAAGAACGGCAUGGAGAUCAAGCAUUCGCUGCUCCAUCUCCUCAUCACCGAGUCCCUGGUCUACACCUCCCUGCAUGGAGAGUUCACGGCCAUCCGGUCGGACUUUGAAUAUUUCGGACCCUCGCUCGCCCACACCACCAUCUCCACGGUGCUGGAAUACUUUGGAGUGCCGCAGACCUGGCUGCACUUCUUCGACACCUUUCUCAAGGCCCCCAUCUCUUUUGUCCAGGACGGCCCCACGGCCUCCGUGUCGGUCCGCCGACGCGGGGUGCCCAUGAGCCAUGCGCUGUCAGAUUUCUUCGGCGAAGCGGUGCUGUUCUGCAUGGAUUUUGCCGUGAACCAGAGCACGGAGGGCGGCUACCUUUACCGACUCCACGAUGACUUCUGGUUCUGGGGUCACGAAGACACCUGCGUCCAGGCGUGGCAGACGAUGACCACCUUCGCCGAGGUGAUGGGUCUCCGGUUCAACGAGGAGAAGACCGGAACGACCAAGUUCGUUGCCAAGGACACGGUGCCACGGCCUCUUGGACAACCAUCAGCCCCCAAGGCGAAGACCAGCGCGUCGCCCAGCGCUCUGCUGCCCCAAGGGGACAUCCGCUGGGGCUUCCUCAAGCUCGACCCACAGGAAGGGCGCUUCAUCAUCGACCAGGCGCAGGUGGACAGCCACAUCGACGAGCUCCGGCGGCAGCUUUCGUCCUGCAAGAGCAUCUUCGCCUGGGUCCAGGCCUGGAACAGCUACUUCGGGCGCUUCUUCGCCAACAACUUCGCCACGCCAGCCAUGUGCUUCGGCCGCCGCCACAUCGACAUGGCCAUCGCGACCCUCAACCGCAUCGAGCGGACCCUGUUCCCCGACAACGCCAGCGGCGUCACCGACUACCUGCGCCAGGAGAUCGCCCACCGGUUCAAACUCACGAAAGACCUCCCCGAGGGCUUCUUCUACUUCCCCGUCGAGCUGGGUGGUAUCGAGCUGCUGAACCCCUACAUCCCCUUCCUCGCCAUGCGCGAGAACAUCAAGCAGAGCCCCGCCGCGCGGCUGCGCACGGCCUUCCUCGAGGACGAGGCCGAGUACCUGGAGGUCAAGGAGCGCUUCGUGAACGACGGGCCCGCCCUGGCGGGUGGUUCCAGCUGGAGCAACUACGGCGGAGCAGAUUCAUCCGAGGUUCCCUCGUCCUCCUCCGCCCUCGCGCUGGCAGAGUACACGCGGUAUCCCGAGACAUACAGCCGGCCGCUGCUGCGGGCGUACGAGGACCUGAUCCGCGUGCCGGAGGAGGAGAGCGUGGACCAAACGGCGCACUUCCAGCGCCAUCAGAUGGUGUUGGACGAAGGGAUCGAGGAGGUGGCGAGCAAGCGCAAGAUCAUUUCGGGCGAGUGGUGGGCCAUGUCGGCGUAUUGGCGGUGGGUGGCGGAGCUGUACCACGAGGAUAUGACCGACCGCUAUGGGAACCUGGCUGCCGUCAGCCGCGAGUAUAUGCCUUUGGGGGUGAUUAAGACGCUGAAGGAGGGGAAGUUCCGGUGGCAGAGCUAG